CGCAAACACUUCAUGAUGUCUUUCUCACCCAACAAUGCUUCCACCCACUAAACGCAACCCAAACCCGACGACCCCCUUUCGGAUCCUACCCGCUUACUUCACCCUUCUUUAUCCCAAUUUUUAUCGUUACCCGUUUAGUCAAAAUUUGUCACUUUCAUACUAUUUAUUAAAUUCCCUUAGGUAUUAUCAAUCAAACAGAGGAUCUGAUAAAGAAGUUUGUAGAACUGAACCCCCCCCCCCUCUUCAAUUGAUUCAAAUCUGAUGACUAAAAAGGUUUUGACAAGGUGAGGGAAUAAGAAUUGAAGAUGGGUAGUUGCAGUGAGGAUGAAGAAGAUGAGUUUUUCGACGCCCGUGAGGUGUUCGAUUUAAUGUCUGACUCGGACUCCGAUUGUUCUCCAGAGGAUUGUUCUACUUCGGGCUUCGGGUAUGGUUAUUGGGUUGGGAAUUUGGACAGUGUUGAUGCUCGGCGUGAUAAGUUGUUGAGAUUCAUGGGUUUGAAUUCAAGAUGGCUUGUAAAUAGAGAUAGAGAAGAAGAAUAUGAAGAUGUUUUUGUUGAUGAAGUAAGAGACAAAAUCGAAGUUAUCUUGCCGGAAAAUUUAAGAUCUCGAGAUGAGUUUUUGUUUAGGAAUAAGUCGGUAAUUGAUUGGUCGAGUAAAUCGAUGGAGUUGGUAUCGUCUACAUCCGUGAAAGAUCAUCUUAGAGUCACAACUGUAUAUAAGGAUGAAUCCGAUGAAGACUUGAGUAAGCCUAGUUUCGGUUCAUCUUCUCGGGAGUCAUCGAGAAACGAAGGUGAAACCGUUAGUUCGGUAGAUAAAACGAAGAAAGUGAAAAAGGGCUGGCUCCAAAAGCUAAACGUAAUGGCUCGAAUCACGGAUAAACAUGAUGAAUCGGUGACGUCGAAUCCGAAUCAAACCGUUCACGUGCACACACACAAAAAGAAAUCGAAAGAGUUAUCAUCGCUUUACGCCACACAAGAGUUUCCAGCACAUAACGGCCCGAUUUCAAUCAUAAAGUUCAGUCAUGACGGCAGAUACCUAGCAAGUGCUGGUGAAGACGGUAGUUUACGAAUUUGGAAGAUUUUUGAAGAUCGAGAUCCCAAAAUACACGAGAUUCAGGAAACCGAUCAUUCGUCGAUUUAUUUUUCAACUAAUAAUCUCUCUGAAUUAGCACCUGUCAAAGCAGAUAAAGAAAAGACACGAAAAAUCACAGGGUUCGGGAAAUCGUCUGAAUUGGCUUGUGUUAUUUUACCACCUAAAGUCUUCAGAAUCUCGGAGAAACCCGUGCAUCAGUUUCAUGAGCAUCGUGGCGAGAUCUUGUCGCUUUCAUGGUCUAAAGAAGGGUGUCUUCUAUCGUCUUCUGUGGAUAAAAGUGUUCGUUUGUGGAAACUCGGGCAUGACGAAUGCCUCAAAAUCUUUGCUCAUCACAACUAUGUGACGUGUGUGGAGUUUAAUCCGGUGGAUGAUAAUUAUUUCAUUAGCGGUUCCAUAGACGGCAAAGUACGCAUAUGGGAUGUGAAUAGUUGUCAGGUUAUUGAUUGGAUCGAUAUUGGUGAUAUUGUUACUGCUGUGUGUUAUAAUCCAGAUGGCAAGGGAAGCAUUGUGGGAACAUUAGAUGGAAAAUGCAGUUUUUACGAUAUUAUUGACGACCGGAUGCAAUUGCAAACUCAAAUUUUGUCAAUGAGUAAAAAGAAGUGGCCAAAGCGAAUAACAGGGUUUCAGUUUUGCCCAAUGGACUCCAGGAAAGUAAUUGUUUCAUCGGCUGAUUCACAAGUGCGAAUCCUUUGUGGGUUCAAUCUUGUCGGCAAAUUCAAGGGAAACCGAAGUUCCGGAAGCCAAAUGUCAGCAUCCUUCACAUCGGACGGAAAACACAUAAUCUCAGCCGCAGAGGAUUCCAACAUUUACGUCUGGAACCACAACAUUAGUCCCACUAAACCCCUUGCAAAACCCAAAACCAACUCAUCGUUCGAAAACUUUUCAUCGCCAAACACGACAAUGGCCAUACCUUGGUGCGGUCUCAAAACCAUAGCGUCCGCACUUCCUUCGAAACUUACUAUAAACAACCACCUUAACAACAACAACAACAACAACAAUGUUGUUGUUCCUGUUCCAAGAAGUACAAUAGAUUCACCUCGUACACAAUCGCCUGCAACAACCCGUGGGUUUUUCUUGGAGUUGUUAUUGAAAGGACCGCAAACGUGGCCUGCUGAGUCACUCCCGGGCUCAACUCAAGUUAGCGUUUCACCUUCAAUGCGUAAGUCAGAGUACAGAUUCUUGAGAACCGCAUAUCAAAGUACUUUUGUUGUUCCGCAUAUUUGGGGUCUGGUGAUUGUUGCGGCAGGCUGGGAUGGACGGAUUAGAACGUAUCUAAAUUACGGUUUACCCCUUCGGUUGUGAAACCUCAAGGUGACAUUUUUUGGUAUAUAUAUAUAUAUAUAUAUUUAAAAAUAAAUACACACAUAUAUAUUUACCCGUUAUGGUUUCUGAAAAAAAGAAACAGAUGUGGAUUUUUUUUUUUUUUUCUUUUUUUCGUUUUGGGUUCGGUUUGUUAAUUCAGUUAAAACCCAAUGUUGUUAGACAAUGAAGGUUUAGCCUUUUGUUGAACAGAGCAUGUUAUUGUGAAAACACCAAUUUUAAGCUGAGAAAUGAAAGCAAAGAUUUUUUUUUA